AUGCGCACAUCGUCGCAGCGGCGCCCGAAGUCACCAGCGGCGUCGCGUUUGGCGCAGCGCACAAGUACGCCCGAUGCCCCACCGUGGAACAGCUCCGUGCGGACGGAGGGGCGCACAGCCGCCACGAACAGCAGUGACACGCGCCGACCGCACGAGCGGGCGAGCGUCACAACGUACGCGGUGCCCGAACGCCCCUCUUAUUCCGCGCUUGCACCAACCCCAGUGGCGGUAGCACUGGCAGCCAGCACGCCCCCAGUGGGCGAGCCGCAGGUGGAACUCUUGAGUCAGUUGCAGAAUGUUGUUGUGCGACUGUCACAGAAUGCGGUUGGGGAAAAACAGCGAUGGUCGCACAUGCAGCAACGCAUUGACGCGUACGCGGCGUUGGUGCGCGAGCAAGACCGUAUGAUUGACGAGCUACGGGGAAUGAAUAUCAAGUUACAGAAGGAAAAGGAUGCGCUUAUUGCAUUUAGGCAGCAAAGCCUCAACCACGACUUUCACCUCAUGAACAAAUUGGAAGUUGAUGGGGGUAUCGACGACGAGGUGCGGCGUGCAUACGCGCAUCACGACAGGAGCCAGGCGUCGCACGGUAUGACUUAUGGUAUCAAUCCACUGAGUACAAUGAGUCCCACGGUGCGUAAUUUUGUGCGUUCCUUGGUGGCACAGCUGCGCGACGAGAGACGCAAACGCUUAGAAGUGGAGGAACAGAGUAGUCAGAUGAUUGGAGAGCAGCAGUUGACGAUUCAACGACUAGAGGAUCGUCUGAGACUGCCAGCUGCUGCACCACGUACUAGUUUGUUUGGACGCAUGGAGACCUCACAGGCCUCUUGCCACAACGGGGCACCCAACGAAGAGCGAGAUGCAAUAAAUACCCCAAUGCAGCACCCUAGUGGUGUCUCCAGAGGUGCAUCUUCGCCACCACCAGCAACAGCAGUCGUUAUGGAACCGCUGCAUGGCACUAAUAGAGGUGAGAAGCCGCAACAUGCAACAGCAGCAGCCCCUCUCGCGUUGUCCACGCCCAUUACCCACCUAGGUGGUGGAGAGAACAUCACUCCUGCAAGUACUGCUGUAUCGUCAGCGAGAAGUGCUGAGGCGCAGUCUGCACCGGAGGUGCCCCCUUUGGCUCUUUACGGUGCAAACUAUGAAGACGCCGCGGCUAUGCUCUCUGGCAUACGGCGAAGACACGGACUCUGA